AUGUCCGAGCUAGUGCAAUCUGGCAAUAAGUCUCGUUUCACUGAUAUUUGCAAUGAGCCCGUAAAUCGUCUUUUAUCACCCAUAAAAGGCUAUCAAGAUAAGCCACUUGUUUCACUUACGGACGCUGUCGAACCAGUUUCAGAAUUCUUUAAUGAAAUUGAAGACAAUGUUUUUGUUGCAUUACAUAAUUGUCAAAAUCCAACUGAGGGGUUAACUCAACAAGAAUCAGCUUCUAUUCAUUUGUAUACAAUGCAAUUUGAUGGUGGACCAAGUUUAUAUCAAUUACUUAAUCAAUCAUUACGUGCUGAAAAUCGCGAAGAACUGAAACCAUGGUUCUCCUAUCUUAAAUUAUUCCUUACUGCACUAUAUAAAUUACCAUCACAAAGUGGAACAGUAUGGCGUGGUAUCCGAGAUGUUGAUUUAAAUUCAAAAUACAAAACUGGUACAAAAUUUGCCUGGUGGGGAAUAAGUUCUUGUACUACUCAUAUUGAAGUACUUGAAUCAAAUCAAUUUUUGGGUAAACAUGGAAAACGUACUCUCUUCUCAAUUGAAUGUAUUAAUGGAAAAUCUGUUGCUGCACAUUCAUACUUCAAAAAUACCGAAAAAGAAAUUAUUCUUAUGCCAGGUUCAUAUUUUGAAGUCUUGGGUCAAUUGAAUCCAGCACCUGAUCUUCAUAUUAUUCAAUUAAAAGAAAUUACGCCACCGAUAACACUUAUUAAACCACCAUUUUUUAAAUCAAACGAGCAAAAGCCUUCGUCGGUCGUUCAUAAAUCAAGUACAAUUUCUCCCUCGACAUCUGUAAUAAUGAGUCCAACGAAUCUUAUCAGUAGUAUUUCAAAUGAAAUCCCACCAAUAAUAUCAGGUAUGAAUAAUAUUAUAUGUCGCAUUUUUGUUUUUUAA